UCCCACGGUCCCGCGGCCCUGCGCCGCCCACACGCGGGUCCAGCCCGAGCCUGCCGGCGCGAGUGAGAGGGCCGCCCGCGGCGGGCAGCGCAGGACCGAGGCCGCGGGUCCGGCCUGCAGGCGCAGCUCGAGCGCUUUCCGCGGGGUUUGGCUCCUGUCGCUUCCCGUCUCUCCGAACCUGGCAUCGCGGCCGGCGGAGCCCUCGGAGCCGGGCUGCGGGUGGGCGCGCGAAGGCGCGGAGCAGGCGGCUCCAGGACGGGGACGCAGAUGAAAAGAAGUGAAGAAUUGGUAACUAAAAAUUAUAAUCAAGAAGACAUAAGUAUUCUUCGUUGUUGGAAAUGUAGAAAAUGUGUAGCAAGUUCUGAUUGUUUCAUGAAAUAUCUUGAGAGUCAAGUGGUUAAGGAUAGACAUGAUUCAGCUGAUGAUCAAAAUAUUUGUCAUGUGUGGCACAUGAAUAUAGAAGUCCUUCCAGAAUGGAUAAACUGCCUAAUACAAAAGGCCCAGUGGACAGUUGGAAAACUGAAUUGCCCUUUCUGCGGGGCCCGUUUAGGGGGCUUUAAUUUUGUCAGCACUCCAAAAUGUUCCUGUGGCCAGCUUGCAGCUGUACAUCUCUCCAAGAGCCGGACCGAUUAUCAGCCAACACGAGCAGGCCAACUAAUGAGACCAUCACUGAAAUACUUGUCACAUCCUAGAGUUCAGUCAGGUUGUGACAAGGAAACUCUGCUGACAGGUGGCGCCUCCAAAAACAGAAAUCACAGCCUUUUAAACAUGGCUCAAAAUAAUAAUGGCCCUGGAAGAUUAACAGAAGCACUCUGCCUGGAGGUACGGUCAAUGUGUUUUGAGAUGAAAAAUGAAAAACUGCUCUUCAAAGGAUCAGAUCCAAAAUACCAGCUUUUUGUUCCCCAGCUUGUGACUGGAAGAUGCACUACAAGAGCUUUUCAUAGAAAAUCACAUAGUUUGGAUCUGAACAUCACUGAGAAACUGUCUUUAUUACCCACUUUUUAUGAAAUACAUAGUAAGACUACUGCCUAUCCCAGGCUAAAUGAAACACAGCCUAUUGACCUUUCGGGCUUGCCUUUAGAAGCUAGUAAAAAUAGCUGUUCCUUUCAGACUUCAUCCAGUUUUGAUCCUAAUAUGCUGCUGCAAAGAUUUUCAGUGGCUCCCCAUGAGACCCAGACACAAAGAGGAGGAGAAUUUCAGUGUGGUCUAGAAGCUUCUGCAUUGUACUCUGAUCAUGCUAGUUCUAGCAACCUGACUUUCCUGAUGGACCUGCCCUCAGCUGACAGGAGCAUGCUAGAGGCCUCGGACCAGGAAGAACACCUCUCUCAUCUGGACUUCGUAGGCUCGGGGAGUUUUUCAUUGGGUGCCAUUAAUCAGAGGCUCAAUAAGAGAGAAAGGAGCAAGUUCAAGAAUCUGAGAAGGAAACAACGAAGGCAUGAAAGAUGGCUGCAAAAGCAGACUUUGAAUAAUGAGAUGAGUACAGAUGAUGCCAACGAAUGUAUAGAAGAAAAGGAAAGCUACAUCUGUGCAGUGUGUCUGGACGUUUAUUUCAACCCAUACAUGUGUUACCCUUGCCACCACAUCUUUUGUGAGCCCUGCUUACGGACUCUUGCCAAAGACAAUCCUGCAAGCACUCCCUGCCCACUGUGUCGGACAAUUAUUUCCAGAGUCUUUUUCCAGACAGAACUGAACAAUGCUACAAAAACAUUCUUUACUAAAGAAUAUUUGAAAAUAAAACAAAGCUUUCAGAAAUCCAGCUGUGCAAAAUGGCCCCUACCAAGCUGCAGGAAAGCAUUGCAUCUUUUUGGAGGCUUCCAUAGACAUGCAGCUCCAGUUACAAGAAGGCAGUUCCCACAUGGCGCACAUAGGAUGGAUUAUCUGCACUUUGAGGAUGAUAGCCGUGGAUGGUGGUUCGACAUGGAUAUGGUGAUCAUCUAUAUUUAUUCAGUGAACUGGGUCAUUGGAUUCAUCGUUUUCUGCUUUCUUUGCUAUUUUUUCUUUCCAUUCUAGGAAUGUUCAUACCUUACUACAGUUGAACAAUCACAAAUGAUGUAGAUAACAAUUAGUCAAACAAUUUUAAAUGUGCUUUGAAGUUUUUAUAAUGUUGCAUUAUUUAAAUUGGUGUUUUUGGAAAGUCUGAGAAUAAUGGAUUUAUUAAUGUUUUUAGUGUAAUAAAUUAACUUUAUUCAAGAGCUAAUCUAUCUAGCACUUAACAGCAAUACCUUAAUUUCAUAGUUCUUCCUUUAGGAUUUAUGGGCUCUAAUUAUACAAUGUCACUUUUAUACUUAUUUUAAUUGUAAAGACUGAGGUUUUCCCUCAACUUAAAUAUAGUAAAAAUACAAAAAGAAAUGAUAAUCUGGGUAGAUAGUAUCUUUAUUGAUAAAAUGUUUAGUCAGUCACUACUUAUUCUCAGGCAAAUUAUGUGCAUUAAAGAUAGUUCUAGAAACUCAUCUAACAGGGUAUAUAUAGUUAGGUAUCUCUACUUACGUCCCAUUCUAUUACCAAGAAGCUGACUGUCCUUUUUUUACUGACCUAAUAAUAGCUUUAGUGCAACAUUUUUAAUUAUUACAAGAACAGAAUGGUAAAUACAAAAGAAGGAAAAAAAGCUGAGACUAAUCCCCACCAAUGGACGCUUAAAUAGUAACAGUUUUCAAACUGCAGGAUUACUCAUCUGAAAAAUAAAAAAUCUACUGACUGACUUUCAGUAGUCUAAAAGAACAUUGCAUGUCCAAAAUGUAAUUAAUGUAGUGAUUCAUUUAACUAGCAGGUUGUCAGAUAUAUUGUAAAUGUGCAAUAAAGAGUGGCUUUUAAAUUUUUUCAUUGUUAUUAAGUGGUUUAAUGUCUGGAAUAAAGAAUUGUUGUAAAUAGGCUUGUGAAUUUAUAGAAAGAAAACAUGACAUUUAUUUUUAUUUAUGAUUAUACUAAUCCUUGGAAUUAGUUUUUCCCUUAUUAAAAAAAAAAAAGAUCAGAAUUAUCCCAGUACGAGAAGGAAUUGGGGCAGGUAUCCCAGUUUUAAAAGUAAGAAAAUUAAGCACAGAGAAGUAAGUAAGUUUAUUUAUUUCAGUAACAUAGGACAAAAGUUUUCAUUAUGGACUACUAGCCCCAAUAUUCCUAUGCCAUGGUGUCAUGUAUCUGAUAAUGCAAUAAGCAUAGUUUUACAUAAGGUAGGUGAACCUCUCAUGGCACUAAAAUUAGCACCAUCCAGACAAAUUGGGAUUGGUCAGGCUUCAACAGUUCAGUCUAUGGAAAGUCCAGAUUUUGCCUAAUUACUACUGACUGUAUUUGAAUAAAAGCGUUUAACUGAUGAUGUGUCGUGUUCGAAGAAAUAUGGAAGAAUGGUACAGGUUUUUAUUCUAAAUACUGUUUUUAUUGUUGUAUUUAAAAUUAUAUCUUGGAAAAGAAACAGUAGCAUACAUUAGACAAAUCUAGAAAGCAGAAACCCAAAUGCAAUUUAGAAUCAGAUCAAUUUUUGCUCAUAUGUCAUAAUAAAAUAUAUAAAUAAAUUAUGCUUGCAGUCUCUUGACAUACAACUAAUAUCUUGAUGGAACAAUGUCGUCAACUAAGCUCAGUAUUACCUUGCAGAAAUAAAAAUGGAUAUUUAUAGUCACUAAUUUAUUGCUCAAAAUAAAGAUAAUAUGAUGUAAGGGAAAAUACCACUUUCCUAAAGUAUAUAUCAGGACUGAAAAAUUAACAAAACACAUACGGUGGGCAGUAUUUUAAAGAACUUUAAAAUAAAUUGCAACCAUAUCCCAGGAAAUUCCUGGCUUAUAAACUGUAGCAAAUAUGCCUUCCUUGAUUCCUAAAUUACUUAAAAAGUUGAUUUCUGGGAACCGGCCCAGUGUUAUAACAGUUAAGUGCUCACGUUCUGC